CGGCGGGCAGCUGAGUGCGCACGUACAGUCAGAGCUAAGUUCCGGAAGCCUACCGGGACUUGUAGUCCCCCGGUUUCGGGACGGACGCCAGGGGCUGAGGAGUGGGCAGGAUCCCAAAGAGAUUCUACGCCUCCCCUGCCCGGAUGGCAACAGUAGUUCUAGGGGGAGACAUCAUGGGCCCUGAGCGUAUCUUCCCCAAUCAGACUGAGGAACUAGGGCCGCAGCAGGGCCCUACAGAAGGCACUGGGGAUUGGAGCAGUGAGGAGCCUGAGGAAGAGCAAGAGGAAACCGGGGCAGGCCAAGCUGGUUACUCCUACCAGCCCCUGAACCAAGAUCCUGAACCAGAGGAGGUGGAGCUGGCACCAGUGGGGGAUGGAGAUGUAGUUGCUGAUAUCCAGGAUCGGAUCCAGGCUCUGGGGCUUCAUUUGCCAGACCCACCAUUACAGAGUGAUGAUGAAGAGGAGGAGGGAGCUACAGCAUUGAGCAACCACAGCUCUAUUCCCAUGGAUCCAGAACACGUUGAGCUGGUGAAAAGGACAAUGGCUGGGGUAAGCCUGCCUGCACCAGGAGUUCCUGCCUGGGCUCGGGAGAUAUCAGAUGCCCAGUGGGAAGACAUGGUACAGAAGGCCCUCCAAGCCCGGCAGGCACCCCCUGCCUGGAAGUGACCAUCUUGAGAGCUGCCUUACCUGCCAGCAUUCCAGACUGGAACCAGCACAGGACUGGACACAACCCUGGUUGUAAUGCCCAUCUCCAUCCUCCCCAUCUCCCUUUCCACAUCACGGCAAACCAGACUUCUUCUCAGAGACCCACUUUAUUCAGUUCUGUACAUAUGGGGACACUGGCCCGAGCCCAACCCACCACAGCAUGUAUCACUCUGGAGAAUAAAGCACCCUGUGCACACAGCCACAA